CCACGGACUGCUGAAAUUGAUCUUCUGAGCGCCAGUUUGAGUUAACUGAGAAGUGUGGAGGGGAUAUGACUGACUCAUCAUCAUGGCAUGGACAGAGGAGAUAACCCCGAUCAGUCUGUCUGCUGCAGUGCCAACCCGACAGCCGCACAACUAGCCAGACAGCUAAGUUACUUACACACUAAUCCGUUUUUAUUACACACUCCCCCUUGUAGCGGCAUUAUGAACGGCCCUCUGUACACCUUUGUUUCCCGUGACGACAACAGCACUGUUUAUGCUGAAGUUUCCAAAAUCCUACUAUCAACUGGACAAUGGAAGAGGCUGAAAAGGGACAAUCCCAGAUUCAACCUGAUGCUCGGUGAACGAAACAGAUUACCCUUUGGGCGUUUAGGCCAUGAACCUGGACUGGUGCAGUUGGUGAAUUACUACAGAGGGGCAGACAAGCUUUGCAGAAAGGCAUCCCUGGUCAAGCUAAUAAAGACCAGCCCAGAGCUGUCUGACUCCAAUAACUGGUUUCCAGAAUCCUACAUCAUCUACCCCACUAACCUCAACACACCUGUUGCUCCUGCUACAAAUGGGAUCAGUCAUCUGAAGAACAAUCCUAAGACAGAUGAGCGGGAAGUUUUCUUGGCCUCCUAUCAUGCUAAAAAAGAAAGUGGAGAGGGUACAGUGUGGAUAGCCAAGUCCUCUGCUGGAGCUAAAGGUGCUGGUAUUUUGAUAUCCCACGAUGCUAAUGAGUUGCUGGAGUAUAUUGACAAUCAGGGACAGGUUCAUGUUAUUCAGAAGUACCUGGAGAAACCUCUGCUUCUGGAGCCAGGACAUCGGAAGUUUGACAUCAGGAGCUGGGUGCUAGUGGAUCAUCAGUAUAACAUCUACUUAUACCGUGAGGGCGUGCUGCGGACCUCCUCGGAGCCCUACAACAGCUCAGACCUCCAGGACAUGACCAGCCACCUGACCAACCACUGCAUCCAGAAGGAGCAUUCCCAGAACUACGGACGAUAUGAGGAGGGGAACGAGAUGUUCUUUGACGAGUUCAGGGUCUACCUGCUGAACACUCACGGUGUCACUCUGGAGACCGCCAUAUUACCUCAGAUAAAGCAGAUCAUAAAGAGCUGUCUAACAUGCAUCGAGCCCGCAAUCAGCACCAAGCACCUGUCCUACCAGAGCUUCCAGCUUUUUGGAUUCGAUUUCAUGGUGGACGCGAACUUCAAAGUGUGGCUCAUUGAAAUCAACGGCGCUCCAGCCUGUGCACAGAAACUAUAUCCAGAAUUAUGUCAAGGCAUUGUGGACGUGGCCAUUUCCAGUGUCUUCACCCUAAGCAGCGGCGGUGACUCCUCUUCUGCCUUCUCUUCUCCCUACUCCUCCUCCCCAUCUUCAUCCUCAUUGUUCACUACCAACUCCUGUUCCUCUCCCAAGCUGAGGGCGCCUCUUCACGUGGGCCCUUUCACCCGCCUAUAAGCACAUGCACAAAUACCCCCUCACCCCUGUUUUUUCUGUGCUAGAAGCUUCUUCCAUCCCCCAUCCUGCUGCCGAGCCGUUCGUUCAUACUUUUGCACAUGUUGGCCCGAGGGAGACUUUCUCUUCAGGGACUUCUGAACUGCAGGAAUGAUCCGCACUGUCCUGAUUAUGCAUAUUAUGAAUGCGAGGAUGGCAAUGAACUGGUCAGUAAACGUCCUCGUUUCCUUGUUUCUGAACGAUGAAAGACUUCCCCGAGCAGAUUGAUGGAGUUGUGAUAGAUGCAGAGACGCUCCAACUGAGACUGUAGUGCCUUACAUUUCCAACCACUCUCCCUUAAAAAGACUGCCAGUUAGCUUGCUCUGUUACAGUGAGUUGUACUUGUUCUUUAAGCUUUUGCACUGUUGCUCAAUAAAAACACAACGGUCCAUAAGAACUAGCAUUAAACAGACAUUUGACAUCUUAGUGAACUUAUGGAAGUUUGAGUGCUAAUUCUCAUCAGACACUUCUUGUUUUUUUUUAGUCACUUUUUAUAGUUUACUUGCAAUCAAGUUUGAUUGACAGAUGUUAGAAAUGAUCAAGAAGCUCCAGAGACUGAUGAGGUUAAACUCUACUUUAUUAUGCUAACACAAUGUGUCUGAUGAGCUAAACAUUCAAGAUGUCAAGGUUGGCCUUGAAAUAGAGCAUUCCUCUCGACUUGACCAUGUGGACAUUACAUAAUAUUUGCAUUCAGGGCAGCUGGGUGGCACAAGUAAGCAGGGAGACUGUGCUUCAGCUGUAAACCCAGGAGUGAGUCUGCUAGAAGAGAAAAGGGAAAACUCCCUCUGUAAUAAUUCUUUAGGAAAGUCUUUCAGACACUGUGUUUUAUGUGAUUUGAAGAGAGCAUGUUUGUGUGAAAGCAUGUAGCAUACACCCCAGCCCCAGCUCUGUUUGCUGUAAAGAACCAUCUGUAUUUUAUUUCUGAUGUAUGACAAGCUAGACUGUCAUUGUAAAGUGUCGUGUGGGUUUUGUUAUUGAGCUGUUGAAAUGAACGUAGACUAGAUUGUACAGAGUGUCUUGCUGAUUAUUUAAAACAUUCAACAACCCCAUGAAAUGAAACUUUGAUGAGAUAUUACGAAGCUGAUGAAAUGCUUCUUCCCCUGGUGUUGGAAAACAUGCCGUGGCGAGUGUGUCAUUACCAAAGAAAAGUCCGUGACGGUAAUGAUGUCACAGUACUCUCAGUGGUUAAUUUCAUAAGAACUUGGUCUUGUUUUGCUUUAUGGGGUCCUUAAAUAUUUGACUUUUUAUUUGAACUAAAUCUCUUUGUGAGUAGACGAGAUCUUAGAGGUGUUCCUGUCCCGAGAUGACGUGUCUAAUCUAGUUUGUGUUGCUGCUUGUUAGAAAAUGAUAGAUUGUUCGUUUCUCUUUUAUUAGGCUGAAAUUGUUGACAAGUUGCACGUUAGUUGUGUUUCUAGGGGCUCAUUUGUUUCCCUGUUUUUAAUUACAGUGUUUGUGUUUACAAGAAGACUCUAAAGAAUGAAGGGUGUGAAAGUGGCUGAAGGUUAGAAAGAUGGAAUAGCUGGAGGGCGGGCGAUGCUGACGGUGGGAUGAAGAUGGAUUAAUUUCAGUCAUCGAGAACAUGAAGGAGCCCCGCUGCGGUUAAAAGGAUGUUUGAACGUUUUAAAGAUGUUAGCAGGAGGAGUGAAUUAGCAAACUAUCAGUAUUGUUUUUAAAUAUGUAGGGACAUUUCCAUCAAAGGGAAGGGUGCCUUAGAGGGAAUUAUACAUUGUUUGUUUUUUUUUGUUUUUUUUAAAUGCAUUUAAAUGCACCUUCAUUUCUUUGUACUAGGGUAAAACCUCAGUGAUGUCAUUUCCUCUUACUUAGAGUUUCUUUGCACAUAUGACUCAUUUUCUCCUGUUUUCCUCAUGUGUUUUUAUAUUUCUAUUUCCUCAUCUUUACCAAAGAUAAUCCUGCUGCAUUUUCAGUGUUUCACCUUUUUUGUAGUAAACAGACCGAGAAGUUAUCAUCACAGUGCUCUGCUGACGUAAUUUGAAAGCGAGUAUCAUGAUCAGAGGAGUGUGUGCUGUGUUUUAUUUUGUUUUUGUUUUUGGGUGUGAUGAUUUAUCUGAAAUCUUGCAUGAACAUUUGUCUUUAUGAGAAACAAUAUUAUUAGAAUAAAACGUGUUACCGUCAUCAA